AGGAAAGAGAGGAAGAGGUCUCCUGGAAGCCUACACUUUGGAUACCUGCUAUGAUUUGCCCUCGGUUUAUCGUUUUGCUUUUUAUUCUUUUGCACCCUGCCUACACCAGAUCUAAAUGAUAGAGAAAAACACUGCGCCCUUUAGCAUUACCGAAGAAGGGACUGGGGGCGUCCGUGCCCCCUCCUUGCCUUUGAGCGUGUGCUGUGUAUGUGCUGCCUCCGUGCUGUGAUGCCCGCUUUCCGCCUGUGAGAUGAGAGCGGAGUGAGGCGGCCCCUCUCCUGGUACCUUGCAGUCACACACACAGCUAUGGCUCCGUCCCCGAGGAGGCGCUGGAACUCGCCGUGCGCUCUCCCUGGUGCUGAAACCCCACAAGCUGCUGGCGCUGGUGGUGCUGAAUCCGCCACCGGCGUCUCACCUAAACCUGCCAUUCAGAUGCCAAUGCUGCCUCCGCAAUGCCUGCUGCUGGUAUUGGGUUUGGGAUUGGGACCUGGUUUCGUGUAUGGAUCAAGGGGCACGACAAUCGAACAGCCUGCCAAUGGCACUUCGCUAUCCAUCAUGGGCUUGAUGCCCCUCAACGAGACUGUGGCAAAGGGGAAUAUCGGCAGAGGCGUCCUGCCCGCAGUGCAACUGGCUAUCGAUCAGAUCCGCAAUAUAUCCCUCCUGCACCCUUACUUCUUGGACCUAAAGCUUUAUGAUACAGCGUGUGACAAUGCACAAGGACUGAAGGCAUUUUAUGAUGCUAUUAAAUAUGGACCUAAUCACUUGAUGGUAUUUGGAGGUGUAUGUCCAUCUGUAACAUCUAUUAUUGCUGAGUCUUUAAAAGGAUGGAAUUUAGUUCAGUUGUCAUUUGCAGCAACAACUCCAGUUUUAGCAGAUAAGAAAAAAUAUCCAUACUUUUUCCGUACAGUUCCAUCAGAUAAUGCAGUCAAUCCAGCAAUCGUUAAAUUUCUUAAACAUUUCAAGUGGAAAAGAGUUGGAACAUUAACCCAAGACAUACAACGAUUUUCAGAGGUGAGAAAUGACCUGACUGGUGAACUGGAAGACUCAGCUAUACAAAUUGCAGACACUGAAAGUUUCUCUAAUGAUCCUUGCAGCAGUGUAAAAAAGCUCAAGGGCAACGAUGUUCGGAUAAUUAUUGGGCAGUUUGAUGAACACAUGGCAGCAAAAGUCUUCUGUUGUGCUUUUGAUGAAGACAUGUAUGGCAGUAAAUACCAAUGGAUUAUCCCAGGAUGGUAUCAAGCGUUAUGGUGGCAGCAAGCUAACACUUCAACAUGUUCCACUAAGAACCUACUAACUGCUAUGGAGGGAUACAUCGGAGUGGAUUUUGAACCAUUAAGCACAAAGCAAAUCAAGACAAUAUCUGGACGGACACCACAACAAUAUGAAAAAGAAUACAAUGAAAAACGGGCAGGUGUUGAGCCAAGCAAAUUUCAUGGUUAUGCCUAUGAUGGAAUAUGGGUUAUUGCCAAAACAUUGCAUCGAGCCCUGGAAUAUCUUUAUUCCUCCAAACAACGUCAAAGGAUCCAGGACUUCAAUUAUACUGACCACAAGCUGGGAAAAAUAUUUUUGGAUGCUAUGAAUGAGACAAAUUUCUUUGGUGUAACGGGUCAAGUUGUGUUUAGAAAUGGAGAGAGAAUGGGCACCAUUAAAUUUACUCAGUUCCAAGAUGGUAAAGAAGUGAAGGUGGGAGAGUACAAUGCUGUAGCAGACAGCCUGGAAUUGAUCAAUGAUACCAUCAGAUUUCAAGGUGUAGAACCUCCAAAAGAUCAAACCUUCAUCAGAGAGGAACGCCGUCAAAUUUAUUUACCGCUCUACAGUAUUUUAUCUACGCUAACGAUAAUAGGGAUGAUAAUGGCCAGUACAUUUUUGUUCUUUAACAUCAAAAAUCGGAAUCAGAAAUUGAUAAAAAUGUCCAGCCCUUAUAUGAAUAAUCUUAUCAUUCUUGGUGGAAUGCUUUCCUAUGCUUCUAUAUUUCUAUUUGGUCUUGAUGGAUCAUUUGUCUCUGCAAAUACAUUUGAAACUUUAUGCACUGUAAGGACAUGGAUUUUGACCGUGGGCUACACAACUGCAUUUGGUGCAAUGUUUGCAAAAACAUGGAGAGUUCACGCCAUUUUUAAGAAUGUAAAAAUGAAGAAAAAGAUUAUCAAAGAUCAAAAACUACUGGUGAUAGUAGGAGGAAUGUUGUUGAUUGACCUGUGCAUUUUAAUUUGCUGGCAAAUAGUGGAUCCUCUAAAAAGAACAGUAGAGGAAUAUAAUCUUGAGCCGGACCCUGCUGGCAGAGACAUAGCAAUUCGGCCAUUCCUGGAGCAUUGUGAGAACACGCAUAUGACCAUUUGGCUGGGAAUAGUCUAUGCUUACAAGGGGCUUCUUAUGUUGUUUGGGUGCUUUUUGGCAUGGGAAACUCGGAAUGUAAGCAUACCAGCUCUGAAUGACAGCAAAUACAUAGGAAUGAGUGUGUACAACGUGGGUAUUAUGUGUAUAAUAGGAGCAGCAGUAUCCUUUCUCACAAGAGACCAGCCUAAUGUCCAGUUCUGUAUUGUGGCAUUAGUAAUCAUUUUCUGCAGCACCAUCACACUCUGUCUUGUUUUUGUGCCAAAGCUAAUAACACUGAGGACAAAUCCUGAUGCAGCAACUCAGAACAGAAGAUUUCAAUUUACACACAAUCAAAAGAAAGAGGACUCAAAAACAUCUACGUCAGUAACUAGCGUGAACCAAGCCAGCACGUCUCGGUUAGAAGGACUGCAGUCAGAAAAUCACCGCUUAAGAAUGAAAAUCACAGAGCUGGACAAAGACCUUGAAGAGGUCACAAUGCAGCUUCAGGAUACACCAGAAAAAACAACAUAUAUCAAACAGAACCAUUACCAGGACCUGAAUGAUAUUCUAAGUAUUCGAAACUUCACAGACAAUAAAGAUGGUGAGAAGGCAGUUUUAAAAAACCACCAUGAUCAAAAAGCUUCUUCACAAUGGAAUACAAUAGAAUCUUCCAAAACCAGUAAAGAUCCUAUAGAAGACAUUAAUUCUCCAGAGCAUAUACAGAGACGGCUCUCCUUACAACUACCCAUCCUACAUCAUGCCUACUUGCCAUCAAUAGGUGGUGUUGAUGCCAGCUGUGCUAGCCCAUGUGUAAGUCCUAGUGCCAGUCCCCGACAUAGACAUGUGCAACCUUCUUUUCAAGUCAUGGUCUCUGGCCUGUAGGAAUAGGUAACACAGGCUUCUUGGACUGCUUCUGUAAUCUCAAGAAGGUCUAGACUGCACAAACAAAAACUUUGCUAUACAUGAAACAUUUGCUCUUAAAACAGAGGAGAAUACAGUCUAGGGACAUAAUUCCAAGAGUCCAAUAUCAACCAGCGUGAGCGAGAGAAGUGAGAGAUGCAUAAAGACAUACCUGGAGCCUUAUCUGUGGAGUUUUUAUUUCUUUACUCAGAGGACAAUGAUGAAUUCUUCCCAAAACUCUGCGAGCAUCAGAUCAAGCGCAGAGAACCUAUAUUCUUGCACAAAAAGAAAAACAAAUUACAGAAGAUGAACUUUUUAACCCAAGUUACAAUUCUAAAUAUAUGGCUGCUAUAAACAAUGGUUAGUACACUUUAUACACAUGUAAAAAUCUUUUAAAAAAAUCAUCAAAAAGGAAAAUGGCACAGAUAGAAAUCAUUUGCAGAAAAUUGUACACGGGUUUGCACAGAUAUGAUCAACGCAUUCCAUACAGAUUUAUCCUGCUAGUGUGUCACAUCUAAGACUAUACACAGUGGGGAAAACGCAUCCUUAUUAAAGAUCCCUCAGGUGUCAGUGAGACAUGCAGUAUUACCAAGGUUUUGUGCCUGUAACUGAACUAUACUGUUUUGACACUGUAGUUUCAGAAGCAGCAUGGAGCUGUUAGGUAACCAAGGUUUUAUUGUACUGAGCAAGAACAAUUUGCAGCACAGCACUUCGCAGAAUUUGGGAACAGCUCUGUUUCACUGCUCGCCAUUUGGGACAAUGUUUUACUCUCUGUAAUUUUUUUUCUUUUUAAGAAAUGCACAGACUUAAUUGAAAUGCAGGUUUGAGAACUAGUACAUAGCUUAAAUGUCACAUGAUGGAUGAUUUGUCACAGUUAUUGUAUUUAAUUUGUUCUAUACAGUGCCACACUUAAAAAAACUACAAUAAAACCAAUGUUAUAACAGAUUCCGGUUCUUUAGGCACAUUAGGAGCUAUAAAGCUUUGAGCCGGUAAUGUGUUAAAUUCUUUUUACUGUGCAUUUAGCCAACCCCUGAGAAUUUUGUAUAAUUUUCCAACAAUUAAGUGGGUUUGAAAGUAAAUUUUCUAAAUUUGUGACAUAUGAAAGACAAGAUGGAGAUCUGAGGAGAUUUGCUGAAUGCAGGCAGACAGGAUAAUAGAAAAACGAUACAUAGCCAAGAAAUAAAUAAUAUGUUUUGGCAUAAUGUGAAAGUAUAUCUCAGGGGUAGAUCAUCUUCCAUUCUGAAACCCUUUCACUUGUUAAUUGUUUUAAGGAACCUGUUUAAAACAGUAACAUUAAAAAAAAAUCAACAUACAUAUAUCCAACAGGUGUUUGGGCUGAUACAAGUAUGUAUAAGUACCUGUAUGUAAGAAAACCAUUUCCAUCAUGGUUUUCUGAGCAAACAGCCUGUCACAAAAUUGCAUGACUUUCCACUAUCAUUCUUUUAGAAUGGGCAACAAAAAUCACUAUCAUCUAUAGGCAAUGCUAUUAUUUUAAUAAUUAGCCAAAAGCCAUUCAAAUUAAUUGAUUGCAGUGUUCAUUUACAAUGCUUUAUACUUCUUAUUUGAACACAAUUCCUAAAUCUAUGAAAGAUAAAAUGGGGGCUGCAUUUUUUUAUGUGUCACGGAAAUUGCAUUUUUGGAAAAGUUAAAAUUAGUACCUGUAAAAAUGGUAGUUUGUGAAUAAACAUUAUAAAAAAAAAA